CGUGGGUGCCGGCGGCGGCGGCGGCGGCGGGACGCGGGCGCGGGCACCGGAGCGGCGGCCUCGGCGCUGCUGGCGGCCGAGCGCCCCGCGGAGGUGAGGGGCGGGCUGCCCGGAGGGAUCGGAGGAGGAGACAGGUCGGCAGGCGCGGAUGCGGUGGCUGCCCACGCGGCGCUGGGCAGGCAGAGCCGUGGGCGCGUGGCGGUCCGAGUGGGGCACGGCUCCGAGCAGUGGGAGUGUGCCGGUGGGUCCGUGGUCGAACUUUGUCUCCGCCGUAGCGUCGAUCUCCGCGAGCGCGAUCCGACACCCCGAGCCCACAGCACUGCCCGCCCUGAGAAGUGCUGGAAGCUGGGUUUAUCCCCAGGCCAGAGGACCUGUUUUUCCUGUUUUCUGAAGAAUUCCCUGCAUCCUGGUCCAGGCCUAUGCAUUCAUGAAUGAGAAACCUGAGCGGGCUCUGAACAUCCUGACUGUGAGAGCAGGGGCUGGUCAGAAACAGACUGGUGGACUGCAUCUGGCCCUCAGGAUGUAGUGUGCCUGCCCCUGUUGUGAAGUUUUAAAGGUGUGUGGCCACGAUACUCCUAGACCUCAUGCAUCCUCGAAGUUCUGGGGUUCCGAGGUUCUGGGCCCUCUGGGUCCAGGGAGGAAGCCAGGUCAGGUGGCCGCGAAGGCCUUGACUGUGGUGGGGCAGACCUUAACCAAGGGAAUCUAUGGGUGCUUGGGGUCCCUCAUGGCCCCGGUCAGGUGGGUGUGUCAGGCCUCCCCACUGAGCCCUGGUUGUGACCCUCGUGGCUGUUCUCCCCACCACCCCUUCCCUUCAGGGCAAUGGCCACAGGCCUGGGCCACUGGAACAGCACCGUCAAUGACACCUGGGGUGGGGACGAGCUGGGCUACAAGUGCCGCUUCAAUGAGGACUUCAAGUACGUGCUGCUGCCUGUGUCCUACGGUGUGGUGUGUGUGCUCGGGCUGUGUCUCAACGCCGUGGCGCUCUACAUCUUCCUGUGCCGCCUCAAGACCUGGAACGCGUCCACCACGUACAUGUUCCACCUGGCCGUGUCCGAUGCGCUGUACGCAGCCUCCCUGCCGCUGCUGGUCUAUUACUACGCCCGCGGGGACCACUGGCCCUUCAGCAUAGUGCUCUGCAAGCUGGUGCGCUUCCUCUUCUACACCAACCUUUACUGCAGCAUCCUCUUCCUCACGUGCAUCAGCGUGCACCGAUGCCUGGGGGUCCUGCGCCCGCUGCGCUCGCUGCGCUGGGGCCGGGCCCGCUAUGCCCGCCGGGUGGCAGCUGCUGUGUGGGUGCUGGUGCUGGCUUGCCAGUCACCCGUGCUCUACUUCGUCACCACCAGCGCGCGUGGCGGCCGCAUUACCUGCCACGACACCUCAGCACCCGAGCUCUUCAGCCAGUUCGUGGCCUACAGUUCUGUCAUGCUGGGCCUGCUCUUCGCAGUGCCCUUUGCCAUCAUCUUGGUCUGUUACGUGCUUAUGGCUCGGCGGCUGUUGAAGCCAGCCUACGGGACCUCGGGAGGCCUGCCGCGGGCCAAGCGCAAGUCGGUGCGCACCAUUGCCGUGGUGCUGGCUGUCUUCGCCCUCUGCUUCCUGCCUUUCCAUGUCACCCGCACCCUCUACUACUCCUUCCGCUCCCUGGACCUCAGCUGCCACACCCUCAAUGCCAUCAACAUGGCUUACAAGAUCACCCGGCCGCUGGCCAGUGCCAACAGUUGCCUUGACCCCGUGCUCUACUUCCUGGCUGGGCAGAGGCUUGUGCGCUUUGCCCGAGAUGCCAAGCCACCCACAGACCCCACUGCUACUACCCCAGCUCGCCGCAGACGGGGCCUGCACAGGUUGGACAAGACUGACAUCAAGAGGACAAAAGAUGUGUCGAGCAGCAGUGAGGACUCUAGGCGGACAGAGUCCAUGGCAGCUGGUGGUGAGAACACUAAGGACAUCCGGCUGUAGGACCUGAACCCCUGGCGCCUGUGCAAGUUAAUAUUGGGGGUGGGGGGAGUGGGGAGGCUGUGGGGACUAGGAUUUCCUCCAUUGGGAUAGUCUCCCUAGAUAUGCCCCAUUAGUGACUCAUGCCUGAUGGUCAAGGGAGCCGUGACCUCAAUGCUCUGUCAUUUGGCAGAAUGUUCUCUGCAGUCCAGAGAUCUUAACAGUCCCUACAACCCCAGUCACCAUUUGUAUGUGUGAGUUGGGGAAUAAGGCUUCGUGAAAGGCAAGGGUAAGGGGCCAAUGCUGCCCCUGGCCUGACUCCCACAUAAUUAGCUGUCUGUGCCCAGCAAGGUAUCUAGGCUGGAACCCAGCCUGAUCGAGUCAAAUGGAGAAACAGAUGCAGAGAAGAAAGUGACUUACCAAGGUCACAUAGUCUGGGCCUGAGCUACCUAGGAGGGGUGGAGUUUCAGGGUGAUCAGAGGACCCUGGUAAGGAGCCAGAGCUGAGCCAGAGCUUCCCAUGGAGCGGUCAAGGGCAGGUCUAGAUGCCACAGUGGACACACCUCUGAGGAGCAUCCCCAUCCCUAGAGGUGACUGUAACAUCUGGGAGCUGAUGUCAUAAACUCAUCUGGAGGCUUCCCGGGCCUGGGAGCCAGUUUGAGGCUGCAACUUCUACCGAAGGUGUUGUUGCCUGCCGUGUUGUGCCCUAUUGUGUGGUUUGAGGAUGAGGAUACAGUCUAAGAAGCUCUUACCAUCCACACUGGAGUUCUUUCUCCAACCUCUACUCUUCUGCCACCUGCCUUCCCACUAGCUGCCUCAGUGGUAGUCUCACAUCAGGGAUCCUCUUUCCAGACCUCUUUCCAGGUCAUCCCUCACUUUAGAGCCAAGUGGCUUUGGUGCCUGGCUCUGCUGAGUGCAGAUAGGAGUCAGAUGGAGUCCUGUCCUUGGGAUCCCCUAGUUUAGGGAUUAAUGGCUAUGAACAGUCAUGUACUGGUAAAUGUGAAACCAUCUAACUGGCUUUCCAGGGGGUGAGGGGAACCCCUUAUCUGUAGCAUUGCUAAUUGCCAUGGUGCAGAUACUCUUGCCUUGGCCAAUUUCAGACCAGUAAUGUGAUGUCAGCCUCCUUGCAAAAUUCCUGAAAAUUUAACAAUUGGCUCUUGCAAGCAGGUCCAACAUGCUCCAUCGCAACACUGGAUAAUGCUGAGUGAUUGGAGGUGUGGACCAGCAUGUGAGAGAGGCUUCCUGGGACACACUCCUGAACUGUAGCUUCUGAGAAAAGCAGUUUAUUGGAGAAGAACAUCCAGGUGCAGGGUACAUCCUGGGCAAAGACAUGGGGGCAGGAAAGCAGGGUAUGCAGGAAGUGGAAGCAGGCUGGGCAGCCGGUGCUCAGUCUCAAGGCAGGACUGAGGCUGGGAGUGGGUCACCAGGCUAACAAGUCAGGGCUCCUUCCUUGCCUUUACCCGAGGUCUCCUUUGCACUGGGGCUAAGUAUGGGAGAGAUUCCCUUCUCUUCCUGUCCCAUCCUCUGCCUCCUGGGAAAAUCCUGCUAUAUGGCAUAAUGGUGCUUAGACUGGCUCAGGGUGAGGUAGAUCUUUCUCACCUGUGACAGAUUCUAGGUCCAGCCAGGACCACUGUGGAGGUUUGUGGAGCUGAGCUGGACAGGGACCAGCUCAGCCUUGGGGCAAAGCUAACAAGUCUCAUUUUUUUUUAAUGUUUUAUUUAUUUUUGAGACAGCACAAGCAGGGGAAGGGCAGAGAGAGAGGGACAGAGGAUCCAAAGUAGGCUCCGUGCUGACAGCAACGAGCCCAAUGUGGAGCUCGAACUCACGAACCACCAGAUCAUGGCCUGAGCCCAAGUCAGACACUCAACCGACUGAGCCACCCAGGAGCCCCUGACAGGUCUCAUUCUUAAUCUCAAACAUAAAGACCUACUCCCUCUCCCUCGGGGAGACCCCCUUUCCUAUAGGCCCACUCUGCCUGAGAGAAGAUUCUUCCCUUCACUCCACGUCUUCCUGUCUCCUGUGACCUCUUCACCCUUUCCACUCUGUCAGAACGAGGCACUCCCAGGAGUUGCUCUAUUUAGAAUCUAGUUCCACACAGCUCCUUCAUGCAACAGGGACCCAUCACAAGUCAUGACCCAACCAAUUACUCUGCAUUGUGCAACGUGGGUGUCCUGUUCAAAGUAAUGUGAAAUGCUCACCUCCCACAUUCUAGGUUCUAUAUUUCUGUUCAUAUAACCAGAGUCCCUAUGAGCUUUUUUGUGACUACUUCUUAUAGACUGACCUUGAGUCAACCUUUCCUGCAGUCCCAAGCCUAUCUCCUUCCUACCAGCUGCUGCUGAGGCUGAACCCCAUUCUAGUUUAUAGGAAGCCCCUACCCAGGUAAGAUUACACCCAAAGGUGUAAAUGCUGGGCUCUGAUUCCCUCAGCGCUGCUUAGACCAGAGGCAGGAGGUUAUACAUCACGAUUUGGGGGCUCCCGAGUGUGCAUCUCUGGUUGGGGGUAGGGCAGUGGCCACCACAGGCCCAAGUUCCCUUAGUCCCCAUUCCUUUUGUGUCCUGCCUACCUACCCUACCAGCAGCUUCCCUGGAGACCCUGAGAACCCAGGGCCCUGCAGCACAUGGAACCAACACUACGGCAUAGCACCAGGAAGCCUUCCUUGAAUCAGCUGCCCGUGCAUUUCCAAGGACAUAGGACCUAGGGGAAAGGAGGGCCAUAUUCACCUUCUAAUCCAGUGGCAGACACUGGUGGGGUGGGGAAUGGAGACCCUAAGGGAACCGGGGACAGGCCAGGGUCUUGCCCCUGGACCCCAGUCAGAUUGCCUGACCCCUCAACGUGGAUGUCUGGCCCUGCUGCUAGGCCUUCACCUAGUGGGUGAGGUUCCUGGCCCUCCCGCCUUGUGCUAUUUUCAGCCCACGUAAGAACAGGAUUUUCCACUCCCAGCCCCAGACCAUUGUCCAGUAGUGACGUGGGGGGACCUGCCCACUCUCAAAAUAUCUCCUCUUACUCUCUGGGCCUCCCUGCCACCUCCCAACCACCCCACCUCCUCACCCUGACAUCACUUCCUGGGGCUGUUGACUCUUGAAGGCCACUGUGAAAGGGCACAGCCACCUGACAGGGACCCCAGGGAUUAUCCAGCCCAGCUGUAGAGUUGAGAGGGGCGGGGCCUUGCCCAAGGUCACUCAGCAGGUCAGCGUGGCGCCUGGAUGUGUGCCAGGGGCUCAGGCUGUCCCUGCUGGUCUGUUCCCUUUAGUACAGGUCGGUGCCUUUGUGGGAUUCCUGCCAUCACCCACAGUCCCCCAGCCCUUCCCACCCUGGUGGACGGAACUGGUGGAUGGAGCUAUGGCACUGAGGCCAGGGACAUAGGACAGGAGUGGGGGGCAAUAGCAAUAGGUGGGGGGAAGAGCAAAGGCCUGCUGUCCUGCCUGCAGCAACUAUUCUCAAUGAGCUCAGUGCAUCUAGGGCAGAGGCCCUGGCACACAGCGGGUCUCUGCCCUGGGUGGCUGGUGUCUCAGGGCCCAGGAGAAGUUAGGCCACCAGAGCUACCCCUCUGCCACCACUCUUGUCACGGCAGGUUUGGGCUGCUCUGUUCUAGCACAUGAGGAUGGGAACUCCUGUACUAACCCAUGUCCCAGGCACUGUGCCAGACCCUUUCAUAUCUAUUAUUUAUUCCUUGCCACAACUGUGUGAAAUAGACACUAUUUAUCCCCAUUUAGCAGAUAAGGGGACAGGCUCCAAGAAGGGAGGACUUGCUGUGGGUUAUAUAGGCAGCAAGUGAAUGAGUCAAGAUUGAGUCCAGGUCCCUCAGAUGCCCAGAUUCGUUCCUUUUCCAGUAUCCCAUACCACUUGUAACCCCUGUAGAGUGGGAGGGUCUGUAAGUAACCAUGUGAUUCAAGGGAGAGAGACAAUAUAGCAAGGAAGGGGUUAAGAGCACAGAUUCGAUGCCCAUGCCACCUCUGUUUGAGUGUUGUUUCCUCUUCCUCCAACUGUGGCACUUUGCUCAAAGUACUUAAUCUUGCAGGGCCUCGGUUUUCUCAUUUCCAAAAAGACAUACUACCUGCCACGUGGGGCACUGGGUCAAUAUACAUGAACACUUAGAACAGUACCUGGCAUACGGUGAGCAUUUACAUGCCAGGCACUGUGCCAAGGUGAUACAGAGGCAAACCGGCCAGACCCUGCCCUCAUGGAGUUGACAUAAUUUAAUAUAUAACCAUACCAGGAUAAAUUAUUUGAAGGAAAGGAAUGUCCAGCCAGUGAGCAACAGUGGGCCUCCUAUGGCCAAGGCUUCACCAGGAUGUGGGAAGAGAAAAGCAGGUCUAUCCUGGGAUAAGGUGUGGGACCCCCCUCUGGUUGGCCUUCAGGCCCACGGGCCUGUGUGUGUUUACAGAACCUUAUCCCUCUGCCAGGCUGGGAGAGGGCAGCAGGGAAAAGGGGGAGGGGGGGGGACGGGGCAGGAUGCCCUUGCUGUAAAGCUUCUAGAGCCAGCUUCUAUGGACUAGAGAGCUCCAGCUCACCCAUGGCACCAGGCUUAGCCGUUUCUGCCUAACUGGUGGUGACUGUCAUGGGGUGCUGCAGCUUCUUGGUUCAACCAAGAGCCUGGAGACCCAAGGUGGCAGGACUGACUGGGAGCUAGGCCAGAACAGGCAAUGAAUAGGCAACUUUUGUUGUGUGACCGGAGGCCACCUGCCUGCCCUCUCUGGGUCACUCUCUGAAGCCCUUACCUCCCAUGUUCCAGUUCUCUCUGUCUCAGGGCAUUAGCUACCUAGAUCUUCAGCAAAGGCACAACGAACAGCUGCUCCCCCAGGCACUCCCCCAAGGCCCCUGGGCUCUCUGUUCUGAGGACUAGAGUUGGGGCAGCAAGACUCCCCUGGCAUCAAGUGACUAGAGAGGUACAGCGCCUCCCUUGGCACCCUGCAGUGGCUUGGAGUGGAGCUGGUCCAGUGUCUGAUGUCCCUGCCUCCUGUGAGGUGGACGGUGGAGUCUGACCAGGAGUAACUAAGCAGUAGGCUGAGAGAUGUGUUUGCCUUUCCAAGGGGUGUGUGCUGGUGGGAUGUGGAGAGGGGGGGAAACGAGCCCCAGAAGCCAACUUCUUCUCCUCUGCCCUAUGUGCCAUGUGACUUGGUAUACAUCCCUUCUCCUCUCUGGGCCUCAGUUUCCCCAUCUGCCGUGGGGCUUGGCUCCACCCAGCCACUCUUCCUCCAGUACAGGCUUCCUGAGCUUGCCUCUGUCUUGGCUCCAGCUCAGCCAGGUGUCCAGACUCAGUCCUGUCCCAGCCAGGAACAAUGGGCCAGGCUGGGCCAGUCACUCAUGGGCCCCAAACUCAGUCCCCAAGGGCUUACCCUGGACUAUUUUCAGACCUUGGAGAUGGAAUCAGAAAAGGAUUUUCCACUCUCAGCACAAUGGCUGCCCCGGACCAUUGUCUAGCAGUGACCAGGGGAUCCGUCUGCCCAAAAAUACCUUCCCUGCUCCUACCUUCUGGGCCUCUGCCUCCUGUUCCUCACCUCCCUGCAUUGACAUGGCUUCCUGGGGCUGUUAACUCCUGAAGGCUGUUGUGAAACAGCAUGUUGAGUCCCCUGGAAGACAUGACCAGUUGGAAUCAGUUUUCCCUCCCGGCAGGGACCCCAGGGAUUAUUUAUUAGCAGAUAAGAGAUGAGAGACCGAGAGAGAGAGCUAUGCCUUCCACUAGGUCACACAGCAGUCAGCAUGGAGAGUAGAUGUGAGUCCAAGGCUUUCUGUCUGCUUCUGCUGCCUCUGCUGCCCUCAUUAGCACUGGUCUGCCCCAUCUGAGAGCUCACCUUGGAAGGUCACAGGUGGACAUGCUGCAAAGAGGCAUGGGUGACAUGGGUGAGAGGGGGUGCACCUUGGAGCUCCCUAUUCAGUCCUAUUUUUACCAAAUGUGGCUUUAGCUUGCCCUGAACUCAGGUUACCAAGUUGCAGCUCUGGGGAAAGAAGAUUGGGGGACACAGGGAAGCUGAGGCCGGAGGAGGGUUCUGGCACAGCUUGGCCUUCACCAGCUCUGUGACCACAAAUUCAAUUUCUUCAUGUGUAAAAUGGAACUGAUAAUAUUUCUUUUUCCAGAGUACUGAAUAGUGAGGCACAAACACACAACUAUUUUAUUUUCUUCCUAUCAGUACUGCCUACUCAAUGAUGUCUAAUUUCCCUUUCCCAUCCAUAAACUGCAUUUUUGGCAAACUCCAAAACUUUGAGUCACUUUUGAGUAACAAAGUUCAUUCCAGCUUAAGGUUCUAAUCCCUACUUAAAUUAAUGCUCAUUCCUCUUCUUCCCCAGUGCUGGGAGGACCCUCCUCACCCCUCCUUUGGGUCCCUCUCUCCUCCAGGUGUUGGGCAAGGUAGGGAGGAAAGGCACCAGUAUAUCCUCCCCAGGACUGCCACAGUUCUUUCUUGCCAUCCUGGCUUCUCUGGCCAUCAGUGCCCCUGUGCAUGGAGCCCUCCAAACACCAGCCCACACACCUUUGUAAAAGAGUCUCUUCAUUCGCCCACUCUGAGUGUGCCCCAUCUUUCCUGCCGAGACUGUAACUCAUACCCUAGUUUCCUUGAGUGACUUUCCUAAGGCACCCCUCACCUGGCUUGGUUGAGAACUCACAACAGCAGAAAUGUUUUCAAGUUCACGGAGCCCAGUGUUCAGCUUAUAGAAUCAGCAUGGAGGGGGGUGGGUAGAGGGUUGGGUUAAUAAACUCUGAGAAGGUGUCUGACCCCAAUUGUUUUCAGGUUUCUUUCGAAAGUCAGGCAUUUUACCCCUCUGUAUCCUUAGAUUUAUGUCCUAGAGCCAAAUUCCAAAUCAGCAGCCACAUGAAAAGUCCCACCUCAUUGUGGGAUUAACUGUUAGACCAGCCUUUGUGACCAAAGCAAUUGCAAAAUGUGGGGGAGGAAAGUCAAAGCCUAUUGCAUGGGUCACCACACAGCCUGUGCUAAUGUGUAUGUGUGUGUGUUUAUGCCUGUGUUGAGUUGUCGCAUCUGUGUUUGAGGUAGGGCUGAGGUGGGAAGGGCAGUACCCAUAGACACCAAGAAGAUACCUGGAGACAGAAGGGCUUUGGUGGCCACUCCGGAGGAAGCAGAGGGAGGAGGAGGGGCUACCAGGAGGUCAAACUAAUGGACGUAUACAGGCUUGGGGAUGGCCCAAAGAGAUGGGGAGUGGGGAGAGGAUCCAGCUGCUAGCUCUCUGAACCCCUUCACUUCCCUCAUUCCCCAUUCUUUCUUUCCUCAGCUCCCCUCCCUCCAUACUCCCCAUUUUCCUCCUCCUCUUGCUCCCUGUUCCCAGAAUUCCUGCUAACAGAGAGAAGCAAAUGGGGCAGGACAGAGCAACAGACUCAUUCCUUCAUUCUUGAGCACUGGCUCACCUCCCUUCCCCGCCGCUGUGCUUAGGAUUCUGUAGGUCCCCAGUUUGUGGAUGCUGCUCUGCUGCCCCCUGGUGGCCAGAGCUGGCUGCAGAGGCAGGAAUGGGGGCUGAGGUCGGGACCUUCACCUGUGGAGGAGAAGAAAAUGAUCCUGCUGGCAGCCAGGAUGUUGGAGAGUGCAAGGUGGGGGGUAGGACUGAGAAUUUAAACAGGGAACACAGUUUACAAAACACCCUGACUUGCAAAACAGGUAAUAGUGCUUGUUCAAUCCAUGAUGUUUAUCUCAUCCUAUCUAAGCUCACACUUAUAAACACCUAUGGACUGAGACUCACAAGUUCCAAGAGAAAACCACAGACAAAUUGAUCUAAUAGUAACACUCCUUGAGGACUCCUGUAUUCUCAGCACAGGAUUGCUGACUGUUCCAGUAACUCCCUGCUCUGCAAAUUCAAUCUCUGCCACAGAACUAUCCUUUGAAGUCCAGCCCCCCACAAUCCCAUGAGCACUCUUCUUUAACUGCCCCCUUUGGAGACACCCCAGGGAUCCUCCAGUGUGAAGCCUUUGCUGCAGCAAAUAAUAAGCCCAUCCUUGUUGGCUACAGGUGUGUUUCUGGUGGCACAGGCUGACCAGCACUGACCAGAGGUUCCUGGGUGAAAGAGUGAGAGCAGGUGACAUUUCAGCUCUCCAUUCCAGCCUAUCCACUCCCAUAGGCUCUCAGAGACUGUCCCAUCUACAGCCCUACAGCCCCUAGCUGACCCAUCAUGGUGCACCCUGGCACCAGGACAAAGUGCUGGACCGUGGGUGUUUUAUUCCCUCUGAGGAAGCUCACUGUGUCCAGCUGUUGGCUUUUGUAAAGGCAAGACUGAGGGGCAGACACAGCUGCUCCUUCUUCAGGGAUGCUGACUUGGCCCGCUCUGGUUCUACCAGGAGGUGUGGGGGGGGGGGGGGGCACCUGAGGGUAGUGCCAUGAUGUCCUCUGGCCUUGAGUGUCCCUUUGACCUCCUGCUUACCUUCAAGGCCCCAGGUGGGGUUCCCCACCUUCACUGGCUGUCAGGAAGACCCCCAAGCUCUGGGUCUGAGGAUACAACUGAGUGUUUGGGAGAGGGGCUAGAGGCUCUCUUAAGGGGCAUGCAGAUCUGGGGCUGGACUCCAGGCCCUGAGGACCAGCCGCUCCUUCCAGUCUGGGAGGUCUUGUGAAGGGAAGCCAGAAUCUUCUCCCCUCUCUAAGGGUGGAACUCUGAAAAGAUCUGCAUCUGCCCCUCCAAGAGUCCCCUCUGCACCUUCCUAACACCCUGACAUCAUUUGCACUCUCUCUCCCACCUCCAGGGACAGGGAGUUCACUCUUUCCUAGGCAUCCCCUUCCCCUUUGGGAGAGUCCUCCUCACAGGAGCCCUGUCUCCCAGCUUGGCCUAAGGGGCACACAGCAUAUUUGCCCUCCACCCAGGGCAGCCAUUGGAAGGGUAUGACCAAGACUCUGAGUUGGCCCUUCUCCAAGCUGGUGCCCCCAGCCCCCUGCCCUGCCCCAUUCCAAUGCCUCCACUCCACCAGAGACUCUGAACUCUGGAUGCCCCUAGAAAUCCUUGCCUCCGCGCAUGGUAGCCUCUAAGACUAGACUCCAUCCCCCUGGGAGGUAUAACCCAGCUCAGCUGGUCCUCUGGGAGCUUUCAUCCUAGUAGGAAAAGACAGAGGUCUUUGUCUAUUUUGGUCACUAAUUUAUCUCCCAUGCUGAGAAUAGUGCCUGGCACAUAGUAGGUACACAACAUUUACCUGAAAUAAUGAAUAAAAUAAAUGAAUGACUGAGGUCCACAGUGAGGUAUAAGUGAGAUAAAUUGUGUAGACUGUUUUGCAAAAUAUCUAGUACUAGUGGGUACUCAUUACAGGUAAUUCCUUUUCUUUGCAAAACAAGUCAAAUUAAUUAUUUCAUGUAAGUUUCACAAUGGCUCUUUGAGGCAAGAACAUUAUUAUUGAUUCAUCCAUUUAUCCAACAAAUAUUUACCAAGAGCCUACUAUAUUCCAGGUACUGUUGUUGUACGUACUUGGAAAUCAUCAGUGAAUAAAAAGCAAAGACCCUUCCCUUGUUUUACAUCUAGGGGGUGAUGAGAGACAAAAAGUAACAGACAUAAUGAAAUGUAAAUUCCAUGGUGUGUUAGAAGGUGAUGGGUGCUGUGGGGAAAACAGCAGAGCAGGAAGAGGGAUUGAGAGGUCAGGCUGGUAGAGGGGGAAGGGGUGGGAGGGGUGUGAUUUUAAAUAGAGUGGUCAGGUGAAGACUCAAGAGGGGCCCAAGAGAGGGCAUUUGAGCAAGCUUGAAGGAGGGGUGGGAGUUAGCUAAGGGACUCUCUGGGGGAAGAGGUUUCCACAUAGAGGGGACCGUAAACACAUGGUCCCACUGCCCGUGUAAGGAGUCCGUGGCUGGGGUGGAGGCAGGAGGAGUUGGAGCCAGAGAUGGGGGAAUCUGGUAGGACAUGGAAUGAGGUGGGAAGCCACAACAGAGACACAAUCUGACAUAUUUUAGAGGGAUCUGGCUGCUGUGUUGUGAAUAAACCGUAGUGGGGGCAAGGAUAGGACCGCAAGAACAGGAAGGAGCUAAUUCAGGAAGCCAGGAGAGAGAGCAUAGGGAUUGGGAUCAGGUGGUAGCAAUGGAGGUGGCGAGAAAUGGACCAAUGCCAGGUGUAUUUUGAAGGAAGAGCCAAUAGGAUUCCUGAUAGUUUUUUCCUGCCAGGUUUGACAGGCAGUGAAACUGCAAUCCAGAGGAGGUCUAGCCAGGUGGCACAUACCCACAGGUCACUGAGUAGAGCAGAGGAUGGGGGUAGAGGUGGCAGGAAGGUCCCUGAGGCUAGGGCGGUGUCUGGGGGAGGAGAGGGCAGGAUGGGAAGGAUUCUGUUGCAGCAAGUCACAAACCAGCCCCAGGCAGCUGGGCGUUAAUUUGAUCAAUGGCUUUUUCCUCUUCCCCUCAAUUCCCCUAUGAUGACCUUUUAAUUGGGUCCAUUUGUUCCAAGACCACGAACUGAGCAGAUGCCAGAGUAUUUGCCUAUUAUUAAAUAGAUUAGGAAAUGGCCCUAGGCUUUCGGCUGCCAGAGAAGCCAGAAGCAACUGCGUGGCUUCUCUGAGGAGUAACCACAGGCCCUCCUUUCACUGCAGAGCCCAGGCCAGGCAUCUUGUCUUGAUCCGUGCUGCCCCUCUGCUGUAUCCUCGCCCCUACAUGGCUCACCUGCUAACUGUCUGCUCCUCCUUCAAGGCUCACUUCAAAAUCCCCUCCUCAGGAAGCCUUGCUGAUCACCAUCCCUGCCCUCGGCCUCCUCUCCCUGGGCAGAAAACUCUCACACGUGUGGUGAAGGAUCCCUCAAUGGAGGGCCUGCCUCUAACAUAAGACAUGGUCCAAGCUGGGGUUUUUAGGGAAGAGGGAUUUAAAGAGCAUUUAAAUCACAACCUCACUUAAGUAAAAAAAAAAAAAACACCACUUUUCAAUUUCCCCCUAGUUCCUCCCCACAGAGAAGCUGGAGUCAGAAGGGGUGGGAUGCAGGGAGGGGAGGAGAGAAGUAAGUGUGAAAUUCAUAUCUUGUGUGGAAAGGAACCCUCUUGCACUGUUGGUGUGAAUGCACCCUGGUACAACCAUUCUGGGAAACAGUAGGGAGGCUCCUCAAAAAGUUAAAAAUAGAACUACCCUGUAAUCCAGCAAUCACACUGCUAGGUAUUUACCUAAAGAAUACAAAAACACUAAUUCAGGGGCACCUGGGUGGCUCCGUCAGUUAAGCGUUCAACUUCGGCUCAGGUCAUGAUCUCGAGAUUUGUGAGUUUGAGCCCCGCGUGGGGCUCUGUGCUGACAGCUCAGAGCCUGGAGCCUGCUUUGGAUUCUGUGUCUCCCCCUGUCUCUUCCCUUCCCAUGCUCAUGCUCUGUCUCUCAAUAAUAAUAAACAAACAUUAAAAAAUUAAAAAAAACACUAAUUCAAAGGGAUACGUGCACCCUGAUGUUUAUAGCAGCAUUAUCUACAGUAACCAAACUAUGGAAACAGCCCAAGUGUCCAGCAAUUGGUGAAUGGAUAAGAAAGAUGUGGAAUAUUACUCAGCCAUAAAAAAGAAUGAAAUCUUGCCUUUUGCAAUGACAUGGAUGGAGCUAAGGAGUAUUAUGCUAAGUGAAAUAAGUCAAAGAAAGACAAAUAGCAUAUGAUUUCACUCGUACGUGGAAUUUAAGAAACAAAACAAAUAAACAGAGGGGAAAAAAGAGAGAGAGCAAGAAACCAAGGUACAGACUCUUAACUAUAGAAAACAAACUGAUGGUCACCAGAGGGGAGGUUGGGGAGGGGGUAAAAUAGGCGAUGGGGAUUAAGGAGGGCACUUGCUGAGAUGAGCACCAGGUGUGUAUGGAAGUGUUGAAUCACUAAAUUCUACACCUGAAACUAAUAUUGCACUGGAUGUUAACUAACUGGAAUUUAUAUAAAAACUUCAAAAGAAUAAAGUCACAAUUCACCAUGAAAAAUUUAUACUAUGGAAAUGUAAACUCGACAGGAGAGAAAGAAAACCGUUUCCUGGCAGAAACAAAUUCAAACUGUUUAAAAAAACACUGGUUACUUCCAUUUGAGACAUUAUUGAUUUGCUCUGUGAAAGAUGGGGAUUUAGUUUUCUUCCCUCAUCCUCCUGUUGAAAUUUUCUGGAUAAAACAAUAUUCAGUGCUUCCAUUUUUACGGCCUUGAAAGUAUUGUUUGUAGUAACACAGCAUUCUAUGAUUACAUUUUCUUUCCUGCAUAACUUUUUGUUUUUCCUAGAAUUAAUCACUGUCUCACUGUACACCCUUCAGAGGGGCAUCUGCUAAAGACAAAGAAAAUUAAAAAGAAAUCUUAAACAGUAUUUGUAGUUACACCACAAGUGGCUAUUGAGCACUUGAAAUAUGAUUUGUCUGAAUUGCAUUGAGGCAUAAAAUACACACUGGAUUGCAAAGACUUGAGUACAAAAAAAGAAGGUUGUAAAAUAUCUCAUCAAUUUUUUAUAUUGGUUACAUAUUGAAAUGGUAAUAUUUUGGAUGUAACAAGUUAAAUAAAAUGUAUUACAAAAAUUAA